CUCUUCCGCCGGGGUCUUGGCUCUUCGAACACGAGUGUUGAUUCGUUUUGUCUUUAAGGAAGGUCCAUUAAACAGAUCAAAUAGACGGAGUGAUAUCACCUCGCUGCCAAAAUGGUAUGUGUAGUUCUUACUGUCUCCUACGGUACAUAUGCUCUCACAGAGCAUGUUAUAUUCCCCUACAACAGUAAAGAAGCGGUCACUAGCUUUGAAAUUAGCCUAGCUUAAACCAGUCAUACGCAUUUAGAUGUUUCAGCGAGAAAUGAGUAAAUAUAACAAAUGAAAGUAACCGGUCUCUCCUCAGCAUGUUUAGGGUUAAGGUUUAACAAGUAUUUAGCAGUAAAUUCAUCCUUCUGCUUCUUCUAACGGUGUUGAAGGUUUUACUGUACUUUUAAAACUGUUCAGAUAAAAUGUCUCAAAAUGUCCACAGAAACCCAUCCUGCUUCAGGGUCAUGAGAGGUCAAUUACACAGAUCAAGUACAACAGAGAAGGAGAUCUGCUGUUCUCUGUAGCAAAAGACACUGUGAGUUGAUAUUUGGACUCAGUACCUGCUGACAUUAUCUCUGUGUUCCUCCACUAAGCUGGUGUUGUGUUCAUGAGUUGGGUUUGUUUCAUUUGUCCCAUUGUAGGUAGCCAAUGUGUGGUACUCUGUCAAUGGUGAAAGGCUGGGUACCUACAAUGGACACACAGGAGCGGUGUGGUGUGUUGACUGUGACUGUAUCCUUCCAAAACUUGUGUCAGUGUAAAUGUAUGCUGUGUUACGCAGUGUUCAUGAAACAUAAGGUUAUCUUCAAUCAAAUAUUUUUGGAUCCUCAAUAUGACCUCAUUUAGGGGACACCAAAAAUGUGUUGACGGGAUCAGCAGACAACAGCUGUCGGCUGUGGGAUUGUGAGACUGGUGAGUGAGCAUUUGUUUGAUUGUGAGACUGAAGUCUCUGUGUUGUGGGUUCAACAGUUUUCCCUGUCAGUGGGAAAUUCUGGGGGCUUAAGAAGUUUUUUCCUAGCUUGAUGGGACCUCCACUAAUCCCAGCUCCUCUGCACCACACAGGUAAACAGCUGGCCCUGCUCAACACCAACUCUGCAGUCAGAACAUGUGGAUUUGACUUCAGCGGCAACAUCAUCAUGUUCUCUACAGACAAACAAAUGGGUUACCAGUGUUUUCUAAACUUCUUCGAUCUGAGGGAUCCACAGCAGAUUGGUAAAUCCCAACCCACUCAAACACACAACAUAUAACGGAUAUGUUCACUCUAUACCAGGAAGAUGAUAACCCUAAAAAGUUUGUUGUAGACCAAAGAUAUAUAUCUAUAUCUAUAGAUCUAUAUAUAUAACAAGUUUCAGAGGUACAACAAUCCCUCCUCUGUCUCUGUCUCUGCAGAGGACAACCAGCCCUACCUGUCAUUACCUUGCAGUGAUUACAAAAUUACCAGUGCUGUGUGGGGUCCUCUGGGGGAAUUUGUUAUAGCUGGUCACGAGAAUGGGGAGAUCAAUCAGUUCAGUGCAAAGGUGAGACAGACACACACUCUGUUUAAAUGAAAAAAACAAUUCUUAUAACACUGCUAUAUUCGUAGUACUCAGACGAAAAAGAGAUGCUGUCAGUUUGCCUGCAGUUUUUUCAUACAUAUUGCAUUUAUUGAGACUAUUUUAUAUAUAAUAUAAAACACUGUAAAUUUGGACCUUUGAAAGAUAUCCAGCGUCUUGGCUUAACAGAGUACGUAUAUUUCAUAAAUGUAAAUAAUAGUUUUUAACUGAAAUGUUGUUAAUGUGUUAUUAUUGCCAGUCUGGGGAAAUCCUAAAGAAGGCUAAAGAGCAUACCAAGCAGAUCAAUGACAUUCAGACGUCCGUGGAUCUCACUAUGUUCAUCAGUGCCUCAAAGGACAACACUGCCAAGGUACGAAGCUUGUCUGCUCCUCUGGCACUCUGACACAGACAACAAAAAUGGGGUUGCAGUCACACAAAUGUCUGUUGGAGGCCAAAGGUUUAUGCCAAGUCAUUAAUUUAGUUGGGUGAUCAUGUAAUUUUUUUUACUUUUUGUGCACAAAAUAGUGAUUGCUGAGCUCUGACUUAUCUUGCUUGCUAUAAUGUCAUGCUUUGGUUCACAAUGGCUUUGUCUGCCCUUUCUUCUCUAAGCUGUUUGACUGCACUUCUCUGGAUCAUAUAAAGACCUUCAAGACAGAAAGACCUGUCAACUCUGCAGCCAUCUCCCCAAUUAUGGAUCAUGUAAGUGGGAACUGCAAACGUUCUGUCUCUUAAAUAACUGAGGAUUGAUCAUCAAACAACUGUGUACAAAUAGUUCUUUAUGUAAAACUUAAAACUUAUGUGUGUUUGUUCUGCAGGUGGUGAUGGGAGGUGGACAGGAAGCCAUGGAGGUCACAACUACCUCCACAAGGAUUGGCAAGUUCGAGGCCAGGUUAGGAAAAGCUUUGCUGAUUCCAGAUGUCUUAAAAUACCCACUUUGAAAAUAUCAGUUACCCUCGAUCAUUGAUACAUUUGUCACUUUGCCAACCCAAUUUGGCAGUCCAGACCAGGCCCAAGUGAGUGUCACCCCAGAGUCAGUUUGAUCCCUGUGAGUACCUAGGCAAGGUACACAGGUGCCACAUCAACAGCGGAGUACAGAAAAAACAGUAGGACCAGAAUGCUGCCAGGCUGUCAAAUUUGCUCUACAAAAGCAGCAGAAAAUGUUCCCCCUUAUUGAAAGAGAGUAGACAAUAAAAAUGUGACUACUGUACUAGAGGAAGGGGGAAUAUUAAGGAUUAGAUGGAGCAUAAUAUGCACAAGUUAAUGGGUGUACAGGAAAAGUAUCAUGGUCUACAAGCUAAUAAGGUUUUAAGACAUUAACACCACAUUGACUUGCAGGAAGAACAAGGGGCUCUGCUGAUUGUGCUGGAUUUUAGAAAUGGGUAUAAACUAAAAAAAACAAACACCUUUUCCCCAUCACUCAGGGAAAUAUGUACGACAAAAACAGACUGUUAGAGUGCUGUGUAGCCCUAAGUACUGGUGAGUGAGUGAUUAGAUAGCGCUCUCUCUCACUCCUCCCCCCUCUCUCUCAGUGCAGCAGGAUGCAUUCUCAGUGCAUGAUUGUACUUAUGAAAGCUAUAAUCCAACUAUCUGUUGGUCUUUUGGAGCAGUGUAGGGAAACUAGGCUUGAGGCCUGUAAUACGAAGCUGGAUUUGAUUUUAGCGAGAUAACUCCUGGAAUAACUCCUGGGUUUUCUGUACUACGAAGGUGGAUUUCUUUUUAUCCAAGUCCGUUGUCCCAGUAACUUGUGCGGAAAGCCAAACCUGCACCAGAGCAGGUUAAGUUUCAGGAUAAGAUCUCAGCGGGUAUAAAAGACUGCCCACUGACCUUUUCGAAUCUCUUGGAAAGUGGCUCACCCACUUUUGACAGAGUGCACAGAUAGUGAGAGGAGCGCUUUGCUGAGGGCGUUAUAUUUGUGAUCGUUCAAAUCGGUUUGAUUUACGUUUUCCUUGGACAGCCUCAGUAUUCAGGGAACAUGAAGUCUAAGCAAGGCACUAAUUUUUGUGAGGCUCCAAGUUCCAGUUUCAUACGGCAUAUCAGUCAUCAUUUAGAAUUUACUGAAGCAGUCUAGAAAACUCUUUUUAACCCUGAUUGUGUCCGCAGAUGAUAACAUGUGACUAUCAGAUGAUGGAGAAAAAAGAAAAAAGCUCCUCACCAUGGCAGUGUGUGGAAAUCCCUGUUUACAUGUUAAAAUAUGUACAAAUGAAAUCUAACAAUAAACCUACUAACCACUUUGACGGAUGUAUUUAUAUUUAUUUUUAUUUGCUCCCAUGUUCUCUUUUUCACAAUCGGAAAAUUUUGGCAGCAGUCCCUCCGACUUCUAGCGGCUGCAGCAGUCUUGCACCUCGCCGUUAUUAUGUUGUGGUACUGCUCGUAUUUGUGUUAAAUAAUGCUCUGUUCUUCUGAAACGCGCAGCCUUCUCCAUUGUGGAGAUUGGUUCGGAGGGGCUGACCCCACCCCCUUUACGUGUGCGUGCACAGAUCUAGACUGGCCUCAAUUGGAUACAGUUAUCGAGUUGAUAUUUUGCCUCGUAGUAUAGCUGGUCGGGAUUACAGAGAUCUGGUGAAGUUGAGCGAGUUGUGGCAGAGUUCUCCUGGGUGUUUAUCCAGCUUCGUAGUACAGGCCUCUGGUGUGAACCCUUAUAUACAUUCUGCUCCAGGCUUUGGUGUUUAUGCUGUAACCUGCCAUUCUUCAUCACCAGGUUCUUCCAUGCAGCAUAUGAAGAGGAGUUUGGCAGAGUUAAAGGUCAUUUCGGACCAAUUAACUGUGUUGCAUUCCAUCCUGACGGCAAAAGGUGAGAAACAAUCAGAUCUUCAAAAUACAAUGUGUGGUUUUAGUAAAUGUUAAGUCUUUGUGUGUGUCACUGUGUAACUUUCUUCUUACUCUUGUUUUCGUUUACAGCUACAGCAGUGGAGGAGAAGACGGAUAUGUAAGGAUUCAUUACUUCGACCCCCAGUACUUUGAUUUUGAACUUGAGGCAUAAUGUCAGGUCCCUUGACUCUGUAGCCUGAACUGCCACCACAACCAGAUUGGAGGAAAAACUGAUAACAUGCAUUGGCUUUCCCUGAACUCUGCCUCUUUCCUUAUGUGGAAACAAAGUUGGAAACAUUUUUAAGCAGGAAAUAUUGGUUGCCUGUGACCUUGAAGUAAAAAUAAAUUGGCAAUUUCAGUAA